AUGGAGAACACGCUGGGGCAGCCUGAGCCUGCCCCUACUACCAUGACGGGCGGUGGGACCUCCCCACCACCCCCCGUGGACGAGGAGGCCUCCCAGGCCCUCCAGCAGCACCGCCUGACCCUCAAGUUCCGCAGCAGCGACGCGGAGGGCGAGUUCGCGGCGGAGCAGGCGUCGAGCCGGUGGCGCGUGCUGGCGCUGGUGGGCGGCUUCGACUGCAUCAUGUUUGUCGUGCGGGCGGCGGCCAAGCUGGCCUCGGCGCAGCCGGUGGGACGCAGCAUGCUGGCCCAGAUGGCCAACAUGGCGCUGCUCUACACCCUCACUGCCCUGCUCAACCAGCGAACCCGCCGGCUGGGCAGCCGGGCGGCCAAACAGGAGGAGGCGCUCCUGUGCUGCCUCAUCGCCGGCGCCAUCAGCCUGCUGCUGCUGUCGCUGCGCCCCGGCAACGCCGGCGACUACGUCUACGCAGCGCUCUUCCUCACCUGCACCAGCGCGGUGCUCAAGCUGCGCUGGUUGGUGGGCACCGUGGCGCUGGCGGCACCCGUGCUGGUCGCGGCGGCCACCAACCUGCGCGUGCGCCUGCCCCCGGGCGGCGCCGCCGCCGCGUGCGCCGCGGCGGGCGUGGACGGCGCCUGCGUGGCGGCCGCCGCACCCACCGUGGCCAGCCUGGGCUUUGCCGAGUUUGUGGCGGCGGGGCCGCUGCCGGUGGAGGCUCUAGUGCACAUCCUCGUGGCCUGGGCGGUGGGCGCCCUCAUGGCCUACGUCUCUGACAGCAACCGCCGCGACUCGUUUGUGGCGCACAAGCUGGCGCUGAGCGCUGCGGGCAAGGAGCUAGGGGAGGUGCAGGCGCGGGUGCUCAUAGAGCGGGAGCUGGCGGCAGCACAGCAGCAGGCGGCGGGCCGCGCGCUGGUGGUGGCGCGGGAGAAGGCGGCCAACGAGGCCAAGAGCGAGUUCAUGAGCCUCAUGUGCCACGAAGUGCGCACCCCGCUCAACGGCUGCCUGGCCUCCGCCGAGAUGCUGCUGGACACGCAGCUGGACGCGGACCAGCGCGAUCUGGCCAAGACCAUCCGCGUCUCCGGCUCCAUCCUGCUCUCCACCAGCGGACCCCCCGCCUCCCGCGCCUCACGCUCAGCCUCCGCCUCCAUGCCAGACUCCGCGCCAGACGCCAGCAGCUGCUCCACGCCCAACGACGUGCUGGCGGCGCCGGCGGGCGUGCUGCCGCGCGCGGCGCGGCCGGCGGCCGGCGGCAAGCCCGAGCCGCGCGGCGGCGGCAGCAGCGGCAGCGGCGCCGCCGCCGCCAGCCCGCGCUCCCUCAGCCUGGACCACCCGGACCUGGUGGGCGACGUGCAGUGCAUCAUCGAGGCCAUGGUGGGGCAGGAGCGCGGCGUGGCGCUGCUGCCUCCCGACCUGGACGGCGCCCCCGCCACCGUGCUGGGCGACCCCUCCCGCAUCUGCGGCAUCCUGCUCAACCUGUACACUAACGCGGGUGGCCGCCAGGAGGCGGCCGUGGGCGUGCCGCACACCAUCAUGUCGUCGGUCACAGAGGUGGACGGCUGGAGCGCGGUGCACAGCCAGCCCGACCCCAACUUUGUCAUGCGCCACACGUCUGGCGGCGCGGCCAGCGCCAGCCCCAGCGCCAGCGCCAGCGGCAGCGAGUCGGAGGACGAGUCGCCUCGCUUCCUGUGCUUUGCGGUGCUGGAUACGGGGGUGGGGGUCAGCCAUGCGGCCCUGGAGAGCCUGUUUCAAGACUAUGUGCAGGGCACCGACUCUGAGAUGCGGCGGCCGCGGGCCAAGGGCGGCACCGGCCUGGGCCUCAGCAUCUGCUGCAAGCAGGUGGCCGUGCUGGGUGGCGCCAUCGGCGCCCUCUCCAAGCCCGCCUGCGGCUCCGUCUUUUGGUUCACCAUGCCGCUCGUGCUGCCCGCCCACGACAGCGCCAGCAGCACAGAGAGCCAGGAGGAGAGCGAGGAGGAGGCGAGCGGCGGCGCGGAGGAGGCGGCAGCGGCAGCCGCGGCGGCUGCCGCGGCGGCGGCUGCAGCGCCGACGCCGGCGCAGGCUGCGGGGCGGGCCGCCGUGCGGCGGUCGAUGGAUGCCACCCACGCCGCGGUGGAGGCCGCCGCCGCGGCGGCGUGCGAGGCCGGCAGCGAGCAGCUGCCCCGCGGCAUCCCCUCCUCCCCGCACCGCCUGCACGGCCUGGGCGCCGGCCGGCAGCCGUCGACCGAGAGCGGCAGCGCGGCGCGCGGCGGCGGCGCCAGCCGCCGCCACUCCAUGGAAAGCAGCCUGAGCAGCAUGUGGCCGCCACACCCCAAGCCGCUGCGCGUGCGCUCCGGCAGCAGCCUGGCGGAGAUGGGGGAGCAGGAGGAGGCGUGGGUGGGCAUCGGCGGCGGCGGCGGCGGCCAGUACAACCCGCGCCACGCGCUGAGCUGGGAGCAGGCGCCGCAGCCGCCGUCCUUCACGGCUGCGGAGAUGCUGCAGGCGAUGCCGCUGCAGCAGCAGGCGGCGGCGCCGCCGCCGCGGCCCGCGCCGCGGCUGCCGCGCCGCGCCGCGGCCCACCCCUCCGCAGCUGCCGCCGUGCCGCAGCUGGGCGGCGCGCGGCACCAGCUGCCGGCGGUCGGCGCGGUCGGCGGCGGCGGCAGCGGCGCCACGUCAGCGGCGGCGCCCGGCCAGCCUGGCGCCUCGGCCCGCUCGCUGCAGGGCCUGCGCGUGCUGCUGGCUGAGGACAACCUCAUCAACCAGACAGUGGCCAAGCGCGUGCUCACCAGCCUGGGCUGUGAGUGCCGCGUGGCCAGCAACGGGCGGGAGGCGGUGAUGGCUGUGGAGGAGGCUGCGGCGGGCGGGCGCCAGUUUGACAUCAUCCUCAUGGAUAUGUGCAUGCCGGUGCUGGGCGGGGUGGAGGCCACGCAGGAGAUCCGCCAGCUGGGCAGCUGCGUGCCCAUUGUGGCCAUGACCGCCAACGCCUCGGAGCGCGACCGUGUGGAGUGCAUCGCUGCCGGCAUGGACGGAUUCCUCAGCAAGCCCGUGCUCAAGGAGCAGCUGACUGUGGCGAUCCGGGAGGCCAUCCAGGUGGGUGGCAGGCGCGCCUGA